GUUAUGCACGUGUAGUGUUGUGCAGCGUUCUCACAUUGUUGUCUUUUGAAUUCUUCAAAAUUCAUUUAAAUAAUAUAAAUUGUAACGACUCUGUACAAGGUAGUCACAAUCUUUGUUAUAUAUACAUUAUAAGAAAAAUCAAUUUUUCAAAGAAUUAGCAGAAUAACACUCAGUAUGAAUAAUUCCGACGAUGACAGUUCCGAUAGCAGCAACGAUUUCUCUGGUAUCACAUCGAAGGACGAGCUGACAGCGAGUUUCUUCACGAUAAAACCGGUGGCAAAGCCUAACCUAGUUGACUUGAAGCACGACAGUGAGGACGAGAGCAGCGACGAUGAAAAUUUCGCCAGUGUAUCCGAGACGAAUGGCAUCGAACUGUUCUCCGAUGUGGUCAAGAAUCUGGAAUCCUCGCAGAAGAUCAGUGUCAAUGACGAAAAGCCUAAGCAGCACUUUCUCAAAAACGACAGUAUGCAGGUCAACAAAGUCAAGACAGCGAAUAAAAGAAAAAAUAUAUCGGACGAGAUAAAUGCCGUUUUGCUUCAAGGGGAAAGCGGAGCACAUGCGUUUAAUGAGGAUGAUGAGGACACGAAUGAUGAAGACACGAAUGAUGAGGAGAAGCAGGAAGAGGAUGUUAAACGACCCGAGGAUUACACUAUACCUAAGGAAGGUGUCAAGAUAACUUUGCCAGGCACAAAUAUGAUCUUCAAAAAGAAAACAGGCAGCAAAAAGGAAUCAGAUCUGGCCACACUUUUGCGAAGGAAAUUAAAAGCCAAUCAGAUCAUUAUAGAAAAAGCAGCUAGACUUUGUUGGUUGGCAUAUGGAUUUCACUUGAAUCAUCAGGCAAACGAUCCUGAAAUAAUGGCAACAACACUGUCUCUUGUCUCUAUGAAAAAUUAUCCAAAAGACAGUUUUAAUUUGGAAUAUCUGACAAAAUUUACGAAAUGGUUUAGAAAUACAUUUAUAGUAGAAUCCUAUGAUAAUGAGGUCAUUAUAAAUAAGGAAACAUUAUUGAAAAGAAUCACUGAGAAGAAAAUUUACAAUUACAGAGAAUUAGUAAUACUGUAUGUGGCAGUACUAAGAGGUAUUGGCUUACACUGUCGUUUGGUGGUGUCUCUCAAUCCGCCGCUUGUAAAAGCUUACAAUGAACUGCUGCCUAAAGCAAGCACAACAAAGAAAGAUGACAAAAUUAAAGAAGAAACAAAAGAAACAAAAACGAAGAGAACAGUUUCGUCUAAAAAAGCUAAAAAUGUGGAUUCAAAAAAAGAUGUUAAAAAUAAGACCAUAAUUCAGAAUGACGAAAAUGCCCGAAAAAACGCUAAUGAAGAGGCAAAGAAAAAGGCAGCAGAAGUUCUUCGUUCAAAAUAUUCAUAUGAUAAGAAGAACAAAGACAAGUUAAAUAACAGUACAUCCAUACAAAGUAAUGCUUCUACGUCCAAAAAUAUAGAGGCAGCUUCAACAAGUUCAAAAAAAGUAGAAUCUGGUCCAUCCCCAAGGCGCUUGAGAUCUAGUAAAACACGCGAUGCUGCAUCUACUUCAACCAAACAACAGAAUACUGCCGAGAACAUUUCAGAAAAUAAUCAACCUAAAAGAAAAAAUUCUAAGAAACGAUCAUGUAGUUCAAGUUCUGAAGAAGAAAAAUCGUCCAGCGAGUCAAAAGGGAAAUACAAUAAUAAAAGUAAAACGCUCGUUAAAUCUAAAAAAAAGAAUAACGAAAAAGUCCAAACGUCGACAGAUGAUGAGGAAACUGCUAAUAAAUUAAAAAAGAGACAAGAUGUAUGGGCUGAAGUAUAUGUGGAAUCUAAAGCAUGUUGGAUAUGUGUAAAUGUUGUGGAUGGAAAUAUAGAUUGCGUGACUGAAAUUUAUAAAAAAGCGAGCAAACCAGUAUUAUACGUGAUAGCUUAUAAUUCAGAAAGAUUAAUAAAAGAUGUCACAAGACGCUACUGUCCGCAGUGGCUCUCUGUCACACGUAAGCAGCGUGUCGAUGAGAAAUGGUGGACUCAGACUUUGAAUUAUUGGCGAGAAAGAGAAACGGCUAUGUCUAAACAGGAAGAUGAAUUACUAUUGCAAAAGGAAUUGGAGCAACCAUUACCUAAAACCGUUGGCGAAUGUAAAGGGCAUCCUCUAUACGUUCUCGUCAGGCAUUUGCUCAAAUACGAAGCCCUGUACCCACCAGAUUGCGUACCAUUAGGACAUUUGAAAACGGGCGAAGCUAUUUACUCGCGGUAUUGCGUACAUACGCUGCGCUCACGAGAGACCUGGCUAAAGAAGGCACGAGUAGUUAAACCGAAACAGGACCCUUAUAAAAUAGUCAAAGCACUUCCGAAAUAUGACAAGCUUUCAGGUAUGAGACUUAAGGACUCUGCAUUGGAACUGUUCGGCGAAUGGCAAACUACAGAAUACAUUCCCCCAGAAGCUAAAAAUGGAAUCGUACCCCGCAAUGAAUAUGGAAAUGUGGAUUUGUUUAAGAAAUGUAUGCUUCCAAAAGGCACAGUGCAUAUAAACCUUCCAGGAUUAAAUCGCAUCGCGCGGAAAUUGAACAUAGACUGCGCGACUGCUGUAGUAGGUUUCAAUUUCGGUUGCAGGGGUGCUUUGCCAGCCAUGGAAGGUUACGUCGUGUGCGCCGAAUACGAGGAUACGUUACGAGAAGCUUGGGAAGAAGAGCAAGUCACAGCGGCUAAACGGGCCGCCGACAAGGCAAAGAAGAAAAAUUAUGCCAAUUGGAGGAAGCUUAUUAAGGGUUUACUCAUUCGGGAAAAACUGUUGAAAAAAUAUGAGUUUAAUGAGGAAACGAAGACGGAUCAGUCGAACAAACGUUCAAAAACACAAAAGAACACCGUGAAGAAGUCCAAAGCUCAAUAAAUACAUGUGUAUGCAUGUGGUACGCAUAUAUACAAUAGUAUAUACAAAAUUUUCAAAUUGAUACUUAUUGUUAUAAAAUGUGUUUGUCAUCGAUAUACCUCAGGUUGUAUAAAGCUCCAUGUAUACUUGAUAAUGUUACUUUGAUAUUUGUUCGUUCAGGUAUUGCAUAUAAUUUUAUAGCGCGCUGUAAAUCUUUUUACGUGAAUUAAAUUAUUUUUACAGCAUAAUGCAAGCCGUACGUGAUGUUUUUUCAAACUCAAUAUAUAUUGUAACAAAGAA